AUGGCGUCUCCACAGCAGAUCAACAACCUACAAAAUUCAUUCCAAACAGCCGUGAAUUUGGGCGGGUCGCCCGGCCAGGUGUCGACUUCGCCCACACAGUCGUUCAUGAGCUCAAUCCCUCGUCGCAUGAGCGUUUCGAAGCAGACCAAGGCACUCAAGCCUUUUUCCACAGGUGACAUUAAAAUCCUACUGCUGGAAAACGUCAACGAAACCGCCGUGGAAAUUUUCAACGGCCAGGGCUACCAAGUCGAAUACCAAAAGGCUUCGCUGCCGGAAGACGAGCUGAUCGAGAAGAUCAAAGACGUGCACGCCGUCGGGAUCAGAUCCAAGACCAGACUAACCGAGAAAGUGUUGAAGCACGCCAAGAACUUGGUCGUCAUCGGCUGUUUCUGCAUCGGAACCAACCAAGUUGAUCUCGAUUACGCUGCCAAGAUGGGUGUUGCCGUCUUCAACUCCCCUUUCUCCAACUCCAGAUCCGUCGCUGAGCUUAUUAUCGCCGAAAUUGUCUCUUUGGCCAGACAACUUGGUGACAGAUCUAUUGAGCUACAUACCGGUACCUGGAACAAGGUCUCUAACAAGUGUUGGGAAGUCAGAGGCAAGACUUUGGGAAUCAUCGGUUACGGCCACAUUGGCGCUCAAUUGUCCGUCUUGGCAGAGGCCUUCGGUAUGCACGUUCUAUACUACGACGUGAUCACCAUCAUGGCAUUGGGUACCGCCAAGCAAGUUUCCACCUUGGACGAACUUCUAAGCAAAUCCGACUUUGUCACUUGCCAUGUCCCAGCCACCGGGGAAACCAAAAACUUGUUGUCUGCUCCUCAAUUUGCGGCCAUGAAAGACGGUUCUUAUGUGCUCAACGCCUCGAGAGGUACCGUCAUCGACAUUCCAGCUUUGGUGCAAGCCAUCAAGUCUGGAAAGAUCGCUGGUACUGCGCUGGACGUUUACCCCAACGAACCCGCCAAGAAUGGUGCCGGCGCCUUUAACGACGAACUGAACGGCUGGGUUUCCGAGUUGGUCUCGUUGCCAAAUGUUAUCUUGACACCACACAUUGGUGGUUCCACUGAGGAAGCUCAAAGUGCUAUCGGUAUUGAAGUGGCUACGGGCUUGACAAAGUACAUCAACGAAGGUUGCUCCGUUGGAUCAGUAAAUUUCCCCGAAGUUGCGCUAAGAGGCCUAGAUCUGGACCAAGAGAAUGUGGUGCGUGUUUUGUAUACUCAUCACAACGUUCCAGGUGUUUUGAAGACGGUCAACAACAUUUUGUCGAAUCACAACAUUGAGAAACAAUUCUCAGAUUCGCAAGGCGAAAUUGCCUAUUUGAUGACCGACAUUUCGUCUGUCAACCAGAGUGAUAUCAAAGACAUUUACGACCAAUUGAACGCUACUGAGUACAAGAUUUCGAUCAGAUUGUUGUAUUAG